AUGUCUCGUUUGAGUGGGUAUCAUAUAAUGAUAAUUUCAAAGUAUUUUAACACAAUUUCGGAUUAUAUCACUCUUGAGUGUGUUUGUAAAUUAUUUAAUGGUAACAUGUCUAAAUUUCACUAUAACCCAAUUCCACUUUCCAAAAAGACAAUUAAGUUUUUUCCCAGCUUAGAGACACUUCAUGUUUAUAACAAACAAAACGAAACUUUUGGGUCUUCAUUAAGACAACUAUUAUCGAAAAAACAAAAAUGUCUAAUUAAUAAAAACGCCGAACAAACCGAACAUAUUAUUAGCACCGACUAUACAUUUUACAAAAUAAUUGUAUGGUAUAUAGUGAGCUUGAAUGAGUACAAAUUAAUAACAAAUAACAACACAAACAUUCAAUUUAAAAACAUUCAAUUUAGUGGAGAUGAUUGGAAUCACUUUAAUUGUGAUAAUAUUAUUACUAUCCCAAAUAUUGUCAAUUCUCUUAAAAAAUACUCCUUUUCCUUCUCUGACAUCACUUCUAUUAAAAUCCCUUCAUCGGUGACUUCAUUUGGAGAUUAUUGUUUUCAUGCGGUUCAUCAACUAAAAGAGAUAGAAAUUCCCAAAGCGGUUCUUUCACUUGGUAAAAAUUGUUUUUCUUUUUGUACUUCUAUGACAAAAGUAGUUUUUCCAAAACAUCUUCUAAAUAUAGGGAAUCAUUGUUUCUCUUUUUGUGGAAAACUUACAACCAUUCAAAUUCCAGAAAAUCGCGUUUUUCUUCCGAAUGGAAUGACUUCUUUGGGGAAGAGUUGUUUUGACAACUGUUUCAAUUUAAAGGAAAUAGAGAUGCCAAAAACGCUAAUUAAUGUUGGGGAUUUUUGUUUUAGUCAAUGUCAUUCGUUAGAGAAAAUUUCAUUUCACAGUGACUUGAAGUCGAUUGGAAUGUUGUGCUUUCAUAAUUGCUCAAAUCUCUCUUCUGUCAUAUUCAACACAAACAAAUUGGAAAUUUUGAGUCAACAGUGUUUUUAUAUGUGUAAAAAGUUAACAAAUAUAAACAUACCAUUUGGUGUAAAAAGAUUAAUGAAAGAGUGUUUUGGUGCAUGUUCGUCUUUAAAGUUGAUUACUCUGCCUGAAAGUGUUGAGAUUCUCGAAAAUGAUUGUUUUAGUGGAUGUAAACUAAUAACCGAUGUUAUUCUUCCAAAGAGUGUAAGUUUUGUUGGAAACAUUUUUGUUUAUUUUUGUUUGAUAAAAAUGUUUAAUGUGAAUUUUGUCUUAAUUUUAAUUUUUAAUAAACAUGACCUUCUUAUUAGUCAAAAGAAUAUCAUACAAAGGAAUAAACAAUUUUAA